GCGGUUGAAGGUGACGGCGGCCCCACGGCCGUGCCCGCCCGCCCCGCGUGGAAAGGAUUUAUUUUAAUUUUAGAAGUAGGUCAGUGGGCGGCGCUUGGUUGCUCGGCAACGGGCGGCGAGGUGGUGGGGCCGGGGCGGCGGCGUGAACGGGCGCUGUUAUUUAAAAAAAAAAAAAAAAAUUAAAAAAAAAAUAAAAAUUGUGGGGACGCGGCGGUUUUAAAGCGGUAUUAAUUAACGGGCGGCGCGGUGACGCCACUCUGGGCCGUGUCACCUGGUCGGGGAGGGCCCGUGAGGUGGCGGUGGGACGAGGAGGAAGAAGGAGAAGAAGAAGAAGAAGAAGUCUCGCGGGAAGUAGCCAUAGAGACGGAGCCGCUUGGCCGCGGGGGGAGCGGGCAGCAGCAGCCGCCGCCGCCUUGGUCCUUGCCGCUCCCGUGGCGCCGCGGAGGACGGGGAGGAAGGCGGGAUUAGCGCGGAAGCCGCCGGGGCUUGGGAGCCGGCCGCUGAGGCAGCGGUCCCCGCUGUUCUUGCGCUCUCCUUCCCGCUGCCGGCGCAGGAAGAUAAGAGAACUCCGUGUAGUGGGAGCAAGGAGGGAGUGCAAGCUGGAAGCUGACAAUAGCGACAUGCCCGCUGAAACUCUCAAGUGAGAAAUAAACACUUGAAAAACUAGCAAGCAGCAACUGAAAAGUGAAAAAAAUUCCAGAAGAUUAGAAGGCCGCAUUGUGCAUCAUCACGCUCCCCUCAGAGUAUACCUUCUGCUCUCACCCUCUUGCUGUCACUUCUUUUCAUCCUGGGAGACAGAAAAGUUUUAACCUGGAUCGGUGCCUCUACCCUGUCCAGGCACAGACAGGCAAAGGCUUUUGCUGUUAAAAGAGGGAAGGGGACAAGAGAGUGGGGCCCCACUGAACUGCUUAUGGAAUUACUGUGUUACAUUACACCUACGUAUCUUUUUUUAAUGCUCCAUCUGCAUAACUGAAAUGAGACUGAAGACUUCACUUUCAAAGGAACCAAAACAUAAAGAAUUAGUUAGCUGUGUGGGCUGGACUACAGCUGACGAGCUAUAUUCCUGCAGCGAUGAUCACCAAAUUAUGAAGUGGAACCUUUUAACUAGUGAGACUACUCGAGUAGUGAAACUUCCAGAUGAUGUUUAUCCCAUAGAUCUUCACUGGUUUCCCAGAAGUAUAAGUGGGAAGAAGCAGUCCCAAGCUGAGAGCUUUGUUCUAACAAGUUCUGAUGGGAAGUUCCACUUGAUCUCAAAGUUAGGAAGAGUAGAGAAAAGUGUAGAAGCACACUGUGGAGCUGUACUUGCAGGAAGGUGGAAUUACGAAGGAACAGCCCUGGUUACAGUUGGUGAAGACGGCCAAGUGAAAAUCUGGUCUAAAAGUGGAAUGCUGAGGUCCACUUUAGCUCAGCAAGGAACACCAGUAUACUCAGUAGCCUGGGGACCUGAUUCUGGAAAAGUUCUCUACACUUCAGGGAAGCAGCUGAUUAUUAAACCUCUUCAGCCAAACGCUAAAGUUUUGCAGUGGAAAGCCCAUGAUGGACUUAUUUUAAAAACUGACUGGAACUCAGUUAAUGAUCUCAUUCUUUCUGCAGGUGAAGAUUGUAAAUAUAAAGUUUGGGACAGUUACGGCCGUCUACUGUACAGCUCGCAGCCCCAUGAAUAUCCUAUAACGUCUGUUGCCUGGGCUGUGGAUGGAGAAUUAUUUGCUGUGGGGUCUUUUCAUACUUUGCGUCUAUGCGAUAAAACUGGGUGGUCUUAUGCUUUAGAGAAGCCAAACACUGGCAGCAUAUUUAAUAUUGCUUGGUCUAUUGAUGGCACUCAACUAGCCGGAGCAUGUGGAAAUGGACAUGUCAUUUUUGCCCACGUCGUGGAGCAACGCUGGGAGUGGAAGAACUUUGAAAUAACGUUAAUUAAGAGGAGAACCAUGGAGGUGCACAAUGUUAUUAAUGAUGCAGUAGAUUUGUUGGAAUUCCGUGACAGAGUUAUUAAAGCCUCUUUGAACUACGGGCAUUUGGUUGUUUCAACUUCUCUUCAGUGUUAUGUGUUUUCUACAAAGAACUGGAAUACACCACUGAUCUUUGACCUGAAGGAAGGAACAGUUAGUUUGAUUCUACAAGCGGAAAGACAUUUUCUUCUUGUAGAUGGUGGAGGACUUUAUUUAUAUUCAUAUGAAGGAAGAUUAAUUUCCUCUCCAAAAUUUCCAGGAAUGAGAACAGACAUUUUAAAUGCCCAGACAGUAUCUCUGAGUAAUGAUACUCUAGCAGUAAAAGACAAAGCUGAUGAAAAGGUUAUCUACAUAUUUGAAGCUUUAUCUGGAAAGCCAUUGGGUGAUGGAAAGCCUCUAUCCCAUAAGACGGAAAUUGUGGAGAUUGCUUUGGACCAGAAAGGACUUACAAGUGAAAGAAAAAUAGCUUUUAUUGAUAAGAACAGAGAUCUUUACAUUACUUCAGUUAAACGGUUUGGAAAAGAACAGAAGAUUGUCAAAAUAGGGACGAUGGUUCAAACUUUGGCUUGGAAUGACACGUCUAACAUUCUUUGUGGAAUUCAAGAUACCCGUUUUACAGUGUGGUACUACCCCAACACAGUCUAUGUGGAUAAAGAUCUUUUGCCAAAAACUCUGUAUGAAAAAGAUGCAAGUGAAUUUAGCAAAAAUCCCCAGAUUGUACAUUUUGUAGGAAAUCAAAUAACAAUUAGAAGAGCAGAUGGUUCACUUAUUCACCUUAGUAUUUCACCUUACCCUGCGAUUCUUCAUGAAUAUGUUAGUAGUUCUAAAUGGGAAGAUGCUGUCAGAUUGUGUCGCUUUGUCAAGGCAACAGCAACAGAUGAGGAUCAAACUAUGUGGGCAUGUUUAGCUGCUAUGGCGGUUGCCAACAAAGACAUGGCUACAGCAGAAAUUGCCUAUGCAUCAAUUGGUGAGAUUGACAAAGUUCAGUAUAUCAAUUCCAUCAAAGAUCUUCCAUCAAAAGAGUCAAGGAUGGCUCAUAUACUGCUGUUCAGUGGAAACACCCAAGAAGCUGAAACCCUGCUUCUUCAAACAGGCCUUAUUUAUCAAGCAAUUCAAGUCAACAUUAAUCUUUACAAUUGGGAUAGGGCCCUAGAACUAGCAGUAAAGCACAAGACACAUGUUGACACAGUCCUGGCUUAUCGACAAAAGUUCCUAGAGGACUUUGGUAAAAAAGAAACAAACAAAAGAUUUUUGCAAUAUGCCGAAGGUCUGGAAGUUGAUUGGAAUAAAAUCAAAGCCAAAAUAGAGAUGGAAAUUGCUAAAGAAAGAGAACGAGCAGCAGCCAGUCCCACAGUGAGAGCUAGUGUAACUGUACAGCAAUAACUGUCCUUUUGGUCACCUUAAUAAGUGCUUCUUGAAUAUUUUAUAGUGGUGUAUUUUGACAAACUUGAAUAAAAAAAGCCACAGCAAAUAUUUUGUGGGGAACAGGAGUGAGAAUUGCUGUAGUUCUUGUUAACUGUUGGAUGACAGGCAGAAUUAUUUAUUUACUGUAGUCUCAUUUUGAGCUGGGGUUAUGUUCUGAUGCCCUACCUCCAGUGAGUAGCUACAUUGUAGUCCAUAAUACAUGUAUGAGAAAAAAGGGAAAUUAACUGUCUUUCCAUUAGCGGUGCUUAAAUUUUCAUUGCCAUUAAAAUUAUUUAACCUUGGUUGCCUCUAAUUAAGUACUGAUUUCCCUGUUUAGGUACCUAGUUAAGUAGUCUGGUUAUUUCUGCAACCUCAGGGACCUCUGAAAAGACUUAUUUAAAUUGCCCUAAAACAAAUUGACCAGGCUUUUAAGUGUUGAAAAUUUAAAAAGGAGCUUGCACCUAUAAAGUACAAAAGAAUAUUUCACUUAGUUACGGUAAUACAUAUUUCUGCCUGUACGUAUGUACUAGCAAGUUCUUUAAUAGAUGAUUUCAGAUUACUUCAGCGACACAGGUUUGUCACUGUAGCAAACUAUUUAGCAAUAAAGGGUGUUUUCUGAGAUAAUGUAAGUUGUUUAAAAUACUAUGGAAUGUGCUUUGAAUGUUGCAUGAAGUAACAAAAGGUGUUGUUGGUUGGUUUUGUAGAAUCUAACACAUAUAAUUGACAACGAUAUUCAGAGCUUCCUUAAGGUUAAAAUAUCAUAUUAAUUUAAAAUACACUUAUUUUUUUCUGCCCAAAGCACUUGACUUGAAAAUACUGUUUUUACAUUUGUGUUGUUUCAUCAAGAUAUAUUUUUCUUUGUUUUCCAUGCGAAAGUGGCUGCAUAUGUUAGUUGUUCUUUGCAGAAGCCCUUUGCAUUAUAAAUACGUGAGCAGGUUAUUCAUAAUUGACAUUGUAUAAUAUGCAUCUUUCAAAUGUUACCAUUAAAAUGUUAAAUAUCUAUA